GUAAAUAUGCGUUUUACAGAGCCGAUGCAAAAAGGCUAUUCCCCCGAAGAAUCGACUUCGGGCUGUGAGGGUGGGUGGCGGAUGUGAAAGUUCUGUUUGCAUUUGAAAGGCAAUGGUAGAAGGGAGAGUACUAGUCUUUUUGGUCCUUCUGGGAUGCAUAAAUGCAACAAAGCGACCGAAUGUGUUGGUGUUGAUGGUCGAUGAUUUAGGGUAUGGCGAUGUGGGUUGCUAUGACAAUGUUACAAUCAAGACUCCAAAUAUCGACAGUCUGGCGAGGGAUGGUGCCCGCUUCACGCAGGCCCUGGCUGCUGCCUCCACAUGCACACCGUCGCGGGCAGCUUUCCUCACUGCCCGCUACCCAGUGCGCCAAGGCAUGUCUGGUGGUAGUCUUGGCAGAGAGGUGAUCCUCUUUACUGCACAGAAAGGUGGCCUGCCACAGACUGAGGUUACACUGGGAAAGGUUCUGCUGGAGCAGGGCUACAACACAUCCUAUGUGGGCAAGUGGCACCUGGGUGUGAGCUGCGAGCGGUACGGGGACAACUGUCACACUCCGAUGGCGCAUGGCUUCCAGUAUUGGUAUGGCAUGCCCAUGACCAAUGUCAAAGACUUUGGUGACGACGGCGAGUCUGUGGUAUCGGCUCAGAUGCCUAACUUCUUCCGCUACCUGUACGCCGUGCUGUCCGGAUCGUGUCUGGCAGCGCUGGUGCUUCGCUCCCGAUCCCGGUUCCUGUUCUUCUUGAUGAUGCUGGUGGCGUUGGUUGCCACAUUGAUACUGCUCUUUAUUAGCUGCAACAAGAUCUUCAACUCGAUGAUCAUGAAAAAUGGGGAGGUUGUGGAGCAGCCCAUUCGUCUCGUGGGCCUGGCUCAACGCUUUGUGGCUGAGACGAAGGAAAAGUUGGCGGAAUUCAAAAAGCAGAAACAACCCUUCUUCCACAUACAUGCAUUCAGUAAGGUUCACACGUUCCUGGCCACUGUGCCAGAGUUCCGCGGCAAAUCGCGCCACGGUCUGUACGGGGACAGCGUGCUGGAGCUGGACUGGGCGGUCGGUGAGAUUCUGUCGGAACUGCGCCGACUCGGACUGGCAGACGACACGAUCGUGUACCUGACUUCGGAUAACGGAGGGCACCUCGAGGAACGCGGAGCUGCCGGGGAUGUCCAGGGCGGCUACAACGGACCCUUGCGCGGUGGUAAACUGAUGGGCGCCAUGGAAGGGGGUAUCCGCGUACCGACUCUGCUGCGCUACCCCCCGCUGGUCCGGCCCGGUACCACCAUCGACGCGCCCGUGUCACUGAUGGACCUGUUCCCGACCGUACUCAAUGUGGCGGGGAUUGAUAUGAAGUCGACCUCGGUGGGAGAUCGGACGCUGGACGGCCGCGAUCUGACGCCGCUGCUGACCGGCCGGGCGGACCGCUCGCCGCACGAGUUUCUCUUCCACUACUGUACCGAUGUGAUCCACGCCGUCCGCUGGAUGGAAAACGCCAGCACCACCUGGAAGGUACAGUUCUACCUGCCGAACUGGCUGCCGGGCACCGAGCGCUGCCACUUCGCCUGUCUGUGCUCUGAAGCGCGUCGUCUCGAGACGCCACUCAUCUACAACAUCCAGCAGGACAUAUCGGAGCGCCGUCCUCUGCCGGUGGGCUCUGAGCAGUACCGGCGGGUGCUGGAGCGGUGCCAGCGCGCGCGAGACGAGCACCUCGCCGGCGUGGAGCCCGCACCCGAUCAGCUGACCUGGUCACAGUUUAUCUGGAGGCCGAGUCUGCAGCCAUGCUGCUCGCUGCCCUACUGUACCUGUGAGGAUCCCAAGUACCCACAGCCGUACUAGCUGGUGUGGUUCGGUUUUUGAGUACACCGCGAUACUCAGCCUAGAUUACGGCGACCUGUGAGAGGUCGAUGUAUCGGAGGGUUUAGUUGUUGUAGCCGCGUAAUGUUAAAGGAUUGGUCACAAUUCACAUAGUCGGUAUUUCAGGGAACAGAACAUCGAAGUCGCAAAUUUCGUGUAGCAUUUCUUUGUCUCUGGUAGACAGCUUACACUGUUCCAUGCCAACCUAUGACACAGGGAAUGAGAUCGGGGCCAAGUUAUACCUAACGUGCUUCCUAGUAUGUAUUGUGAAGAGGAGGCUAAUUGCUUUAUUCAGGUUGAUGUGUAGUAGUGGUAGAAAAUUUAUAUAAUCAUUACGUAAAUGAUGAUAUAUUUUUGUGAUGUGAUGUUUAUGUAUGUCUGAUUUUUUUUUCUACUGAUGACUAUGUGAUCAUUUGAUAACUAUUUCAAAUUUCUGAUGUGCUGUUGUAUGCAUGGCUGUCGCCUGUUACUGCACUGUUCGUGAGUGCUCUCUGUACGAGCCACGAUGAGUCAUUUUCUAAUGCAUAGAAGAAUAUAUAAAUAAUGAUUGCACUUAUAUCGAAUAAACGUCUGUAUGUGCCUUU